CAGCGCAAGUCUAUUGUGAACGUGUCGUAAAACCAGAUAUAUAGGGUGAAAAUAUUUUCAAAAAUGCCAGACUGCAGUGAAAAUUACGAAACGGAAAUAAGUGACGGGCGCAAUGCUCGCAAUGUUAAAUGUCAGGAAUGCGGCUGUCUUAUUUUAAAACCUUCGAUAGCCUCCUUUACAAAUUUGGAGUUUAAUUUACCGUUGCACAGGCAAAGUAAAUUAACGGAUGCUACCAAUCCGGAAACAGAAAGCUUGUCAUUAUUCUGGUCAGUUGAUGAUGUGUAUAAGUUUGAAAAUUUAGCAUUUUCAAACACCGUGGGCAACAACAAAUAUCUGAUUUGUGCAGACUGUGAGGCUGGACCGAUUGGUUUUUUUGAUAUCCGUUCAGGGAAAAGUUAUGUAGCUUUGAGUCGUGUUCAGCACUGUUAAGAUUGUAUGUUUGUAAUUUAUAGUGUUUUGUGAUAAUUGAGCGGACACCUGCUAUCUGUAAUUUUAGAAUCGAUUAGAAGGCAUUAAAUUGUAUUUUGAUAUUUAACAUGUUCUGGUUGUAUUUUUUUGAGAAUAGAAUACAUGACUUUUUAAUAAAGAUAUGAAGAAUAA